AUGGAGAUCGAAGAGGACCGUCUCGGGAUGCGAAUCCAAUCGGAGACCAUUGAGUUGACCAAGGAUGAAAAAGGAGUUGUUGGUAUUUCGAUUGGCGGUGGCGGUCCAUAUUGUCCAUGUGUGUACGUGGUCCAAGUAUUUGACAAGUCGCCAGCAUUCAAAGAUGGACGGAUUAGAUGUGGAGAUGAGAUUGUGGCAAUAAAUGGGAUUACCGUGAAGGGAGAACGAAAAUCAGCAGUAGCGCAAUUGAUACAAGUCAGCUUGAAUCCUGUGAAGAUAACAAUAAACAAACUGGACGACGCCAAUACCAAAGGCAAGACACUGGACAUUUUGAUCAAGAAAGUGAAACAUAAAGUCGUGGAAUUUAUGGACCAAGACUCGGCAGAUGCCCUAGGCCUUUCCAGAGCGAUUCUGACAAAUGAUCCAUUGGCAGAAAAGGAGAAGAUACUGGAGGAGAAUGCGGAAUUCUAUAGGCAUUUGGUCGCUUAUUUUGGCGAUAUGUUCCAGUAUCAACAGAAGAUUUCCGAGUGUCAGAAAGAAUUCGGUUCCAUCUUCUGUGACCUGGCCGCCCAUGAGAAGCAACAAACCGCGAACGAAGCGUUCAGUGCAUUUGGUGAUAAGCAUCGAAUGAUAGCAAAGAAGCAGUCCGAAUCAGCAGUUCCCCUUCAAAAAAUGGUAUCGGAUCUUCAAGUUUACAUAGAUCAUGUGGUCCCAGACACAAGGCUAACAAUCAAAAAGUACUUGGAUGUCAAAUAUGAAUAUUUGUCUUACUGUUUGAAACUAAAAGAAUUGGAUGAUGAAGAAGUGGAGUUCAUAGCUAUCCAAGAGCCGCUGUAUCGUGUGGAAACCGGCAAUUAUGAGUAUAGAAUGAUGCUCCGGUGCCGUCAAGAAUGUCGUGGGAGAUUCAUGAAGAUGCGUGACGACGUUAUGGUCAAAAUCGAGCUACUCGAUCAGAAACACGUCAGAGACAUUGCUCAGCAUCUAGCGACAUUCGCCAAGACCAUGUCUAAGGUUCAUUUGGAGUGUGCGGAGAUUCUAAAGGAUCGGAUCGAUGUUCCGAUUGAAAUUGAUUUGGAGCAGUUGAAUUUGAGUAUAAGAGAAGGAGGAUCAGGGUCGAAUGGAGAAAAGAGUUCAAAGAGGGAUGUAGAUCAAGGGGAAGCGGUGGAGGUGUUGAAUGACAAUCCACUGGAAGGAGACCUAAUCGACGUGGAAAGUGACGAUUUGACAUUCCGAGAGUCCUCCAGAAUCACUCUACCCCGAAAUUCCAUUGGUGACACUUCUCAACCACUUCUCGGUUCAGAUUCUCCAACAGCAGAGUUGUCCCUAAUUGAUAUUAGUUAA